UGGAGGAAAGAAUAGAAAAGCUGCUGCUACCUAAAGUUGGUCUAUGGGGUCAGUGUUGAUUGGCGGUAACUGGGUCAGCAGGUUUGCCAAGCAAAUGACACUGCUAGUCUUGGAGCAUGACGGUGAGCUAAGGAGCAAAGACAGCUUCCACAGGGGAACAGAGUUUCUGAAUCACUGGACAAACAAUAAUGCCAGGUUUGGCUAACAAGCUGCAGUGAUAGACCCACCGGCCUCUGAGGGGAUCCUGGACUCCCAAACAACUACUAUUCUACAUUAGCAGGUGUAACCAGUGGCUCUACCUGUACCUACUCUGAGGAAGAACUGAUUUCAAGUGAUUCAUCUUCCUGCCUUACAAGGUUCCCAAUAUGUAUUGCAACUUCCACCAUUGGAUCUUUGUGUGUCUCUGUAUCUUGACUUCAAGAAUAUGCAUCCAAGGGAAUCAAUCUAAUAUCGAAACCAACAGGAAUGACAAACUCUCAUUGCCUGGUUUUGAGAAUCUCACAGCAGGAUAUAACAAGUUUCUUAGACCCAAUUUUGGUGGGGAACCUGUUCAAAUAGCACUGACACUCGACAUUGCCAGUAUUUCUAGCAUUUCAGAAAGUAACAUGGACUACACUGCAACCAUCUACCUGAGGCAGCGAUGGACUGAUCAGCGGCUGGUGUUUGAAGGCAACAAGAGCUUUACUCUGGAUGCUCGACUUGUUGAGUUUCUCUGGGUCCCUGACACAUACAUUGUGGAAUCCAAAAAGUCUUUCCUACAUGAAGUCACUGUGGGGAACCGAUUGAUUCGAUUAUUCUCCAAUGGCACUGUCUUGUAUGCUCUCAGAAUUACUACUACUGUUACAUGUAACAUGGACUUAUCUAAAUAUCCCAUGGACACACAGACGUGCAAGCUACAGCUGGAGAGCUGGGGUUAUGAUGGAAGUGAUGUGGAGUUUACAUGGCUGAGAGGUAACGACUCUGUUCGAGGCCUUGAAAAUUUACGACUGGCUCAAUAUACUGUGCAACGGUAUUUCACCUUAGUCACUAAAUCCCAACAGGAAACAGGAAAUUAUACCCGACUGGUCUUGCAAUUUGAACUUAGGAGAAAUGUCCUGUACUUUAUUUUGGAAACCUAUGUUCCUUCUACUUUCCUAGUCAUCUUAUCCUGGGUUUCCUUUUGGAUAUCCCUUGAUUCAGUACCUGCAAGAACCUGCAUUGGUGUCACCACUGUACUGUCAAUGACAACAUUGAUGAUUGGUUCCCGUACAUCUCUGCCUAGUACCAACUGCUUUAUAAAGGCCAUUGAUGUAUAUCUUGGGAUCUGCUUUAGCUUUGUUUUUGGGGCCCUGCUGGAAUAUGCAGUUGCCCAUUAUAGUUCCUCACAGAAGAUGGCAGCCAAAGACAGGGGGACUUCUAAGGAAGUAGAAGAAGUCAAUAUUACUAACAUCAUCAACAGCUCCAUCUCCAGCUUCAAGAGAAAGAUAAGCUUUGCCACUAUUGAAAUCUCCGGUGAUAAUGUCAAUUAUAGUGAUCUGACAAUGAAAACCAGUGACAAGUUCAAGUUUAUUUUCAGGGAUAAAAUGGGUAGAAUUGUUGAUUACUUCACAAUUCAAAACCCUAGUAAUGUAGACCGUUACUCCAAACUAUUAUUUCCUUUGGUUUUCAUGCUAGUAAAUGUAUUUUACUGGGCAUAUUACCUGUAUUUUUAAGAAUCCCUUGAAAAAUUUUGACAUAGUAAUGAUGUAAUUGGCAUUUUAGUCCUAAUAUGUAUAAUAACUCUAUGGUGAUACAAAUAGCUAAGAUAUAACAUUUGAGUAGUCAUGCUUGAAAAGUGGCCCUGAUAUCUAUUCUACUAUGCCAUGCCCCUUCUGGUAUUAUCUAAGAUCUUGUGAAGAGACACCAACUUAUUUCACUCCUUUUCUUUUGAAAGACAUCUUUAAAGUAGCCUGAGAUUCCAUGCCAUAGUUGACUAUGUAAUAAAUAUCAAUAGAAUACCUUUAACUCUUUUAUACCACUGGUAUUCAAUAAUAAUAGCCAACAUUUAUGUAACACUUACUAUGUGGCUUACUAUUAGCCACUGGGCUAAGCAUUUUACAAAAUUAUGUCAUUUAAUCCUCACAACAUCUCCUCGGAGAUAGGUG